AUGAGCUUGAUGUUGGACUCUUUUGGCAACCAGCGGUUGAUUCCUAUCCAUUCUGCCAUGAGAGAGUUUCUGGUAGCAGACCCAUGGUUUUCCAUGAUGGAGCAGAUAAUUAAAACCCAUGGCGAGCUCAGCCUUCUUCAGGAAGAUGUUGUGCCGUAUUUUAAAACAGAGCCAGGCCUACCACAGAUUCACCUGGAAGGCAACCGCCUUGUUCUCACCUGCCUUGCUGAAGGGAGCUGGCCUUUAGAGUUCAAGUGGAUGCACAAUGACCGUGAGCUCACCACCUACACCAGCGAAUAUAAGUAUAUUAUCCCGUCUUUACAGAGGCUUGAUGCUGGGUUUUACCGCUGUGUGGUGCGAAACAGGAUGGGAGCUCUCUUGCAGAGAAGAUCAGAAGUUCAAGUCGCAUAUAUGGGAAAUUUCAUGGAUACAGACCAGAGGAAAAUGGUGUCUCAAGGACAUGCAGUAGUUCUCAACUUACCACCCAUCACCAGCUGCCCAAGACCGCAAGUGACCUGGUUCAGAGAAGGGCACAAGAUCAUUCCCAGCAACAGAAUGUUCUUGUGCUCAGACUGCGUGCGGCAGCCUACCUGACGGGAAUGCAGAAGCACGGCGUACUUGUCUGUGUUUG